AUGUCCAAAGUCACCGAGGACAUCAAGGCUGGCCUGAAGGGGAUCCGCGGCGCGGGCGAAACAAUCCGAGGCGGCGCCAUGGAGGUGACCGACGAGCUGCUCGACAAGAACCCCAACCACCCGCAGGCGCAGGCCAGCGCGACCAAGAACCAGGCCAUCAAGGAAAAGGGGAAGCAGCAGCUGGCGAGCGCCGACAGCACGAUAGGCCAGCAGCACGGGGCACGCUCGCAGGCUGCCGGUGGGGACGCACUGAGAGGCGGGACGGCGGCACCGGUUGCGACUGAGGAGGCGGAGUAUCGGAGUCAUUCACACGUUGGGGCGUGA